GUUUGGCGUUGCCAGGACAGCAAAAUCUGGACGAGUCCAUCACUCAGAGAUGCCUGCCUGCCUUAUCCACCAAGAACGUCAUUCAUCAUCGAUCGCUCAGGACGAUUGUGCAAGUAAUUAAAAUAUCGAAAGCCACAAACAUCAAACACACGUCACCCAGGGAGGAUUGAUUCCAAUAUCAACUCCAUCCUACAGAAGAACAAUUUCCAUGCGACAGAGCAUUUCGACAUACAGCUUGCUUCUACAUUUGGUCACAUUGCCAUCCUUGUUCUGCACGUCAACACAAGCUUGAUUCACCCCGCGGACCAGACCUGCCUGCCGCCGAUAUCUUUAAAUCAAUCUCCACUAUUGCCACUUUAUACACAAUGCCCACCACGCGGAGGUCCGCCAGCGCCCAGGGUGCAGCAAGCAAGCAAUCAAAGCUCAGUUUUACACACCGCGUGACAAAACCUGUCGCGCCGGCUGGCAAGAAGCAGCUUGUCUCCCCACCGCUGGUUAAGGAACUACUUUCGGAGAAGAAAGUCGACCCAGUGCCGGAGAUCCAGUUGGAGCAGGAGGAGGAGUUUGAGAUCCCGGCCCCAGUCGAGGUUGUCAAGGAGAAAUCAGAAGUUGAGAUCAGAGCCGAGAAGAUCACCAGCGCACAAAUCAACAAGUAUUGGGAGGAACUAGAGGCGCAGAGAUUAGCACCAAGGGUACAUCAAGAAGACCUCGAUGUUGGCGAGAAGGUGCUGAGAUACUUUGAUGUUAGCUCACAGUAUGGACCAUGCAUUGGUAGUUCGCGCAAGAGGAGGUGGAUGCGUGCCCAGCGUUUGGGACUGAACCCUCCAAUUGAGGCACUUGCUGUUCUAGUACACGAGGAAGCUGCUGGCCAAGACGAGGGCAGCCAGAGAGCAUACAUUGAUGAGAUCAUGAACUCAACAGCGAUAGGAGUUGGCAGUUCGUGAGGAUUUUGUUGUCCCAUAUUUUGUUUUGGUUGAUGGCUUGGAGUUUCCAGUUUGGCGGGCGUUUGGCGAAGGAAUUGCUUUUGGUCUUGUAAAGUUACUUGUUCGUGAGAUGAUGGUAUUGACUAGGGAACAUUUUAGAUUCCCGCAUCCAUGUAGCUCAGCGCUACAGAAACGAAAUGAUAAUGCUUAUGAUUUCAGUACCAUAUGCUCCUCGUCCUGUGGUGUGGUACCGUUUCCUGGCCGGCAGCCUCUUUUUCCUUCAUCGUGUCGUACAAGAAGAAAUCGAU